UUAUGCUAUCGACUCAUUACUAUAUAGAGUAUUAGAAAACAAUUUAUCAAUCGCUGUAGAUUUAUAAAAAAAUUGUCUUAUCUAUUGACUGACCAGUUACAAUUUUAUAAAAAAAUAUGAUAUAAUUUCGUUUGAAACGUCGGAAUUUGAAUCAUAACUAAAUUUAGUGCAGCUGCAAAACAAGCGCUUUUAUCGAUUGUGGUAUUCAUCGUUGAUUGGAGAAACAUAUGAAAAAAAAUGAAUAGUCAAAUUUUUUUUAAAGUUAUCAUAGUACUUGAAAUAAACUUUCUAGCCGCUUAUGAUCUUACUGAUGUUUAUGAAUAUGAGAGACGUAUGCAGUGCGCAAGCUAUGGAUCUAAAUGUCACCCUCAUUCUAUACAAGCAUGCUGUGCACCAAAUAAUACCUGCAAAAAACAAGGAUGGGGAGCCCACAUAAGUACUUAUUUUUGCAGUUAUUCAGGAAAUCUGACAGAUCCUUGUCAACGCAAUAUCGAUUGCUCAGAUAAUAAUAAUGCCGAAUGCUCUGUUAACAAAAUAUGUGAAUGUAAGAAUAAUUAUAUGGAAGUGGCGGGUAAAAUAUGUGCGCCUCUUUUGGGUGGAUUCUGCAAUAAAGAUGCUGACUGUGUGCCCAAUCAUUCUGAAUGCAUCGAUAAUAAAUGCACAUGCCAAUUUGCAUUUAUAUCACAAUCGAUUUAUCGAUGCAUUCCAACUCCAUUGGGACUGCCAUGUGAAAAUACUAGGGAUUGUUAUCCGAGGGAACAUAUUAUUUGUUCUGAUAAAGUAUGCUCUUGUAGAGAAUAUUAUGUCAUAAGAAAUGAUGCAACAUGUGCACCACUUUUGGAACAAUAUUGUUGGAAUGAUGAAAGUUGUGCGCCCGAUCAUUCUAUUUGUGUUAAUAAUACAUGUAUAUGCGAGCCCAAUUACUCUUUAUUAUCUAUAAACAUAUGUAUACUAAAUUAG